AUGGCAUCCUCGAGCACACCUGGAACAGCGGGACAACUCGUUAAACCAGAGUACAGAAACUGGCUCGCUCUUGGUCAUGCCUUAACGACAGUCCUUUGCCAUGGACUUCGUCCGUUUAUUACGCGAGAGAUGGAGGCUUUCUAUAGGAAUUUAACGGCAAGAGUUGCAGGGCCCUGUACGUGCGUCCAUGUCUCAAGAAGAAGGCCAAAUGAGUUCCACGAUAUGACUACAUGCCCAUGGGCGAACAUACUUGAAGUCUAUCACCAUAAAAACAAACCAAACUGGAGGCAAAGCGAUCCAGCCAAAUGGAUGGACCCAGUUCUUGGUCCGUGGGAGAUAGCGAAACUCUUCCUUCCUGAUCUGGGUGGACAUGCUGAUAUCAAGAGUGCAGACGACAUGGACGUCACUGGUAUCUUAAACCUAGUGAACUGGUGCAAUCACUUCACCAUUCCUCAGGCUUUGAUUAAAGAUGUCCGCAGCACUCGAAACAGAUGGUGGGGGCAUGUUCCGAGGCUUGAGUUGACCGAUGCAGACAAAAAUGUCGCCUUUGACUUCAUUGAAAACCUCCUGAAGACUCCUCAACUAGGUUCAGAUCCAGACGCACAAAAAGCACUCGCAGAAAUUGUAAAUCUUAGAAGUAUUUCAAACUUGCACAGUUUCGAGGCUCACGUUUUAGGCGAGCUCAUAGAGGUGUUGAAGUUCAAGACAACUCAUAUGGCGGAAUUAGAACAGAUGAAAAAACUGGUGUUUCUUUUGGAAAAGAGGUUGGAAGACCUGGAGCAAAAGGAAGUCUGUUUGUCACUUUUCCACUUAACGCGAAAUGCUUUGAAAAUCGUGCACAGCAAUCUCGUAAUAAAUCUCAAAGGGAUCAGAAAGACUAUUUUAGUAAUGUGGCUGGUAAUGGCUUUCUCUUUCUCGUUCUUUGUAGUAGAGCUGGACGAUGAUUCUUUUAUCAGAGGUAAUAAGUUGUUUUAAAAAGUUUCUAUUAGUAACUUUAUCUCCGUUGCGUGAGCCGGUUAAGUUAAGAUAAUGAUUCGUUCCCUCUUUGAGGCUUGUUUGACAAAGAUUCAGGUCAGUGUUCAGGAUAUACUAACAAAGUAUCUUCUCCAAUUUACAUGUGGUUAUACAGCUCUUAAAUCGUUGUUUAUGAUUAAUUUCCUUCCUAAAAUUUUAAAAACCCUGCCUAAUGUUUUCGUCAUGCAUAUGAAGUGAAAUCAGGAGCCUAACCAUAGGUUUCAUUUCCCGUUUUAAUGACGCAAUCAGUCGUCAUGCAGGACACUUAAUCGAGUAGUUAAUGGGCCCUAGACCCUCUUUGAGAACAUCAAACUUCAAAGGAUGUCCUGGUCAUCUUGUCAUAACUAAGUUUAGACACUUGAGAUACCCUUCACUGGUCGAUAAGGAUAACAACAGUUAAUUUUUUUUUCUGGCAGGUUGUCCGUCGGAAGAUCUUAGUGUCCCAUUUGACACAAAAGAAUUUGUUUGGUUGGAUUACUUAAAAAGUGCCAAAGAAGGGUUCAUUGGCCGCAGCUGGCUUUUUCGAGAACUAGAAUCUUCUUUCCAUCACACGGUUCAUGAAAAUGAUAUAACUGGUGUCCUAAUAAUUGGGAAUCCAGGAACUGGAAAAUCUGCUCUGUCUGCCCAAUUAGUUUGCUCCCGAACAUCAAGUCGCAUCAUCAACGAACGUAUUUUAGGAUACCAUCUUUGUAAACAUUCUGAUAAGAAUACACAGACUGCAGGAAAAUUUGUGCGUAACUUAGCAGAUAUGAUAGCAAGGAGAAUACCAGAGUAUGGUUUCCUUGUCUUCAAUAGUUCCCACAUCAUGCGUUCACUGUACACUGACUGUGUAGCCAUUCAAGAUCCAGUGGGCUGUUUUGAGCAAGCGAUUUUGACACCCUUGAAAAACCUACCUAACGUGCCAAACGGUAACUGGUAUAUUGUCAUUGAUGCUUUAGAUGAAUGCUUGACCCAAACAGAAAUGCGGCACAGUAUUAUGUUUUUGCUCAAAUCCAAGAUUCCUAGGUUUCCAUCAUGGCUGAAGCUUGUAGUAACAUCUCGUAACCAGUCAACCAUUUCUUUUCAUGCAGGCUACAUGAAGAAAUUAAUUAUUCACCCUCAAGACGAUCGUAACUACCAAGACAUCGAAUUGUUUUUGACCACAAAAUUUUAUCGUGAUGGUCCUCUGAUUCAUAGGGUAAAUUCUUUGUUCGGAGACAGUAGCAAACAAAAGACUGACAAGUUGAUUGAUGCCCUGUUAAACAGAAGUCAGGGGAAUUUUUUGUUUGUUAAAGAGAUGAUUCAACACUGGGAAACUUCAGGAAUAACAAGAGAUGAUCCUUACGCUCUGCCUGAUACACUUGAGGAUUUGUUUCAUAGUUACUUCCAAAGAUACUACGGUGGGCGAGAAAAGUUUAAAGCUGUACGUCGCGUGCUAGAGCUACUCGUGGCAACAUUUCAGCCACUGACAGAAAAAGAAAUCUUUAACGUUCUGAGGACGAAAGAACCAAGCCUGGAUGAGGAAUACGAUUUUAAAGAUACAAUUAAACCAAUUGAACAUUUCCUUACGUAUGGAGAGAAUGGUGUGGUAACGUUGUAUCACCAGUCUUUAACGGAAUGGCUCACUGGCGACAACACUGGAAACGAGCCAUUCUUCGUGAGUAAAAGGAAAGGGCACGACACGUUUUGCGAAUUUUAUUUCAAAGUAAUUGCUGAGGGUGAUGGAUCAGCUAUAUCAAAAUACAGCUUUACUUUGGCGAGGCAUAUUUCUUAUGGUGCGGAAUUGAACCAGUUAUACGUGAGAAAAUUUUCUACCUUCCCCUCAGAGUUUGUUAAUUGUUCAGAUUCUAAAAGCCUUAGGACAUCACUGCACCUUGCAGCUACAAUAAACAACACAAAUCUUCUGAAACUUUUGUUACCUCAUUUUAGUUACGUCGAUUCUGCUGAUAGUCAUGGAAUGACACCUGCAUUUUUAGCAGCUGAACACGGGCUUUUAGACAACCUAGUUUUUAUAAUGAGGAAGGGAGUCAAUGUAAAUCACAAAACGAAGUCACUUACCUCGCCUGAUUUUAAUCAUGGCUAUGGCUUUGCUGAUGUAGUUCUUGAGUCAAAAUCUAAAUUCAGAAGUUCUACUAUGCUUCAUGCUGCAGCUCAUGGAGGCCAUCUGAACGUUGUCCACUUCCUUCUUAGUAAAGGUGCAUCCAUCUCAACUUUAAACGAUGUUCAUCAAACGGCACUCCAAGUAGCUGCCGAAAAUGGACAUUUGGAAGUUGUUAAAGCUUUACACGAGGCAGGCGGAGUUCCAGAUCAAACAGCUUUGUUUCAGGCAGCAGCGAAAAAUAGGUUGGAUGUAGUAAAAUACCUUUUGAAAAUGGGCGUGGAGGAUAAAUGUUUGAGAUGUGACGGUUCUUUCUACUGGCUGGAGGGGGAGACCCGGCUACAGACUCAAAUUAAACGCUUAAAAAUGAGUGUGUUAUUUGACACCCUAGAAAUGUUGUAUGGCGAGCUAUUCGACGACAAACAUUUAAUUUUUUGUCAAACUGCACUCUACGCAUCAAUAUCGUUUGGUUAUAAAGAGGUCACAAAGGAACUAGUUGCUAAGGAUAAGCGGGCUUUAACCUGUCAUGAUUACACAGGAAGGACACCUUUGCAUGAAGCCGUUCGAAAGAAUGACAGAGAAAUGGUAGAAUUUCUGCUGAUGGAGGGACAAGCAAAGAUUGAAUCAACUUGUAACCAUUGGCAAGUUGUAUCAAAUGUAACCUUGAGUCGUGAAGAAUUCUCCGAAUACGUCAGGGAUGUCUGCCAUUGUGGUUAUACUCCCCUUCAUUUGGCAGCACGCUAUGGGUACCGAGAAAUUGCGGUUUAUCUUAUAAAAAGCGGGGCACGGGUUGAAGCUCAAGACUGCUUUGGAGCGACUCCAAUUCACAUAGCUGCUUGCCAUAAUCAUACGAAAGUAUUGCAUGUCCUUCUGGAAUUCGGUGCUGAGAUCAGCUGCAAAACGUUUAACGGGUCGAUGCCCCUUCAUAGUGCUGCAGCAUGCGGUGCCCUUGAGACGAUCGAUCAGUUACUUCAUUAUGGGGCAAUCCUUGACGCUGGUGACGAUAAUGGCCUUACCGCGUUACACUAUACUAUACUCAACGUAAAUUCUAGUAAUGUUGAAAGGCGAUUCUUCACCGAUGUCAAUGGGAUGGUAACUGAACGUAGAGGUCAUCUUGCUGAUUUUUAUCUGGACGAAAACAACAACUUAAAAAACAUGGACUUUUACAGAUGGUUAGAUGUAUUAAUCCGGUUGUCCCUUCGAGGCGCUAAUAUUAAUGCGGUCGAUGUCUUCGGUCGAACAGUUUUGCAUAUAGCAGCCGCGAACGGAUUGGCAGAUGCCGUAAACGUACUCUUGUUGAGGAAGGCUAAACUUGAAGUGUCUGACAAAACUGGUCAUACGCCGUUAGAACUAGCAGUAAAAAACUCCUCUCCCCCACCAGAGGCAUCACUUUUCUUUGAUGAAAUUAGUCCACAACAGCUUCGACAACAUUUACGUGAUCACGGAAUGGUCGUCUACCUUCUACUCGCUAAUGGUGCAUCUUUAAAUAAAUGCGAUCAUCGCAGUAAGAGUCUGUUACAUCAUAGCAUUCUUAAUGGUGAGCCUUACAUUGCGCAGCUUCUGUUAUUUUUGGGAGCUGGUAUAAACUGCAAAGACAAUAGCGAAAAAACAAUUCUCUUAGCUCUCCUUCUUCGUGGUCACAAUUGGGCUCAUCUGGCUCUUAAACACCACGUACCUAUUACGCUUGAAUGUGGAAAGCCAUUUAACACUUCAGUUUUUCAUUUAAUUUGCUACAACUCUCCAAUAAUGAAAUAUGGUAACUUUUUCCAAUACAUCUCUUGUGAUGAUCGUACAUGUUCAUCAAAGAAUGGACCAUUAAUUACUGCUAUUGAAAUGCAUCCUCUGAAGUUCAAAUUAGUCGAUUCCUGUUUAGAUGCCGAAGGAUAUACACCUUUACAAAGAGCUGUCCAAGGUGCAAACUUAAUUGCAGUUCGUAACCUCAUAAAGCAUGGUGCAAACGUUUCCUUAUUGAAUCCACAUAGACAUGACGCCUUAACUAUGGCUCUUCUCAACAAGAGGUUAGACGAAAACGCAGAAAAUCAUGGUAUAUCUGCAAUGAUUGAAACUUCUGCUGUGGCACUGGAGCUCCUUCGCCACAAAAUGAGACGUGGCUUUCAAAUCGUGUGUGAUUCCAGUAAAACUGAACUUACCCUGUACCAUUUGGCAGCCUCCCGCGGCCUUUUAAACUUCAUUCAUGAGAUCUUUGAAAACAAGAAGCUUCAUCAGUUAGAUGUUAAUUGUCCUAACAAGGACGGAAUUACUCCAAUGUAUCUGGCAAAGAUAUUCUGCGGUUCCUUCGGGAUCGAUGUCUGCUUCUUGUGGGACCUCGUUGUCCAGUUCAUUGAAGACCAAGGGGGCAAGAUGCAAUAUCCUGGCAAAGAUGCUGAAUACAAUGUAAUCUAUAACAGGUUGUAUGGUGGGACUCCGACGGAAGUAAAACCACAAUUAAGGCCCGAUGUUCGUUACUUUGUCUCUAGACUUGUGUCGACCCUUAGUUAUAGGCAAAGCCACUCUAUGGAUUGUAGGGUUAUUCAAUUAUUACACAGGAAUAGAUCGGAUCGUGGACCAACCUUAUUUAAUAUUAUAACGGAACUUCAAAGGGAACUAGUGUUUUUAGAAGUUCAAAGUUGUCGGUCAACAAUAUCUGAGAAUAUUUGCAAAAAGGAACAAAAAAGGGUUAAUUUCCGGCAAUAUGUUUAUCUCAGGGAUAAAGUCGUAUCUGGUGUGUCUUCUUCUGAAUUGCAAUUAAGGCUUUUUAAUUUAAUGAGGUGGUGGUAUGAGGAGGUAUUCGGGCUUUUGUCUUGUCUAAAACUUACUUUUCAUAAACAUCGACAGUAUUUUAUGGACAAAAAGAAACUGAACAACCUUAUUAAGCAAUAUGAGGACAUCCAGUCGUUGAGUCAUCUUAACGAACUAUGCAUCACAUUUGAGGCUACUCUCACGAGCCAUUUAUGGCACUAUUUAAAGGACGGUGGUGUUCUUGAACUGGGAGUCCUAUACCCUCCAGACUUUUUAAAACAGCGAAUGGGAUGGAGUAACAGAGUCAGCUUUGCUAAUUUGUGGCCAAUAGGGUUCCUGGUUAACUUUAAUCUAGGUUUCUAUCGUCGGUAUGAUUAUUUAAAAGUUCUUAACUUCGGAUUAAGAUCAAGGAAGCGUGCCUCAAUCCAUCCAUUCAUUUAA